ACCAUCCCAUCUCUCCGUUUAAUUAAUUGAUGAACCCUUAAUCCCCUGUUAAUACCCUCCUCCUUCCCUUCCUUUCCCUGCAUUCCUCCUAUCCAUCGACAACAAUCUGCAACCCUAAUCGUGAUUCUCUUUCCUCCCGUCAUAAAGUCUCCUCGACUCCUCCUCCGUCCGAUUUCCCAACCAAAGCCACGAUGUUCGAGAUGAACUUGAGGUGGGGGCGUGCGUACGGGGAGGAUCGAUUCUACACCACCGUCAAACCACGCCGGAACAACCGCCGCGGCCACCAGCGGGGCCCGCGAAGGUCCCAAAACGGCGUCGCAUCCUCCGCCGCCAGAGAGUCCCCUUCCCCCCCGCCUGUUUCCAAGGAGGAUGACCGAGUUGGACUGGGGAAGCCGGCUUCGAAGCCCCUGGCCGCGUCCGCUUCCCCUUCCCCUUCGUCGACGGAGGUCGCUCAGCCCUGUAACUUGGACCGGUUCUUAGAGUCCACCACCCCAUCGGUUCCGGCUCAAUACCUGUCUAAGACAACGAUGAGGGGUCGGAGGACUUGCGAUGUGGAGUUUAGCCCUUACUUUGCUCUGUCGGACCUCUGGGAGUCCUUUAAGGAGUCGAGUGCUUACGGUAUCGGUGUUCCUCUUCUUCUUAAUGGAUGUCACAGCGUCGUUCAGUAUUACGUUCCUUUCUUGUCUGGGAUUCAGUUAUACGGUCAAUCGAACAGGCCGUCUGCUGAUUCUUGCGAGGAGAAUGAUAGAGAUUGUCAUGAUUCUAGUAGUAACAAGAGUAGUAAUGGAAGCAGCAACUAUGGGAAUAAGAAGGGCCUGAAGGAUUCAAGCACAUGGAUUUCAAACCAGACAAAUCAGAGUCUGAGUAAGUCGUAUGCUAGUGAGAAACAAGGACACAAGCAACAGUUAUCCUCAAGCAAUGAUAUUUGUUUUGGAAAUUCUCAAGGUUACUUGAUCUUUGAGUUCCUUGAACAGGAGCCUCCAUUCGCUCGUGAACCCUUAGCUGGCAAGAUUUCAGAUCUUGCUCGGAACUUUCCAGCACUAAAGACUCUUAGAAGUUGUGAUCUUUUGCCAUCUAGUUGGUUUUCUGUUGCAUGGUAUCCUAUAUACCGGAUACCAACAGGCCCAACACUAAAGGAUCUGGAUGCUUGCUUUCUGACCUUCCAUUCCCUUUCUACACCAGCUAAAGAUGCUGGUGGUGCUUGCCAAACCGUUACCCAUCCGCAGGGGGUUCCCAGAAUAUCUCUGCCAGUUUUCGGGUUAGCAUUCUACAAGUUCAAAAGCACAGUAUGGACUCCUGGAGGAUCUGAGUCGCCAGUGGCAAACUCCCUCCUGCAAGCUGCGGAAAACUGGCUGCAGCUGCGUCGUGUUGAACAUCCAGAUUUCUCAUUUUUCGCUUCACAUCGUGCGUACCGAAAUUAAAACCCUAGAAUGGAUGAAACCGAUCGCCCAAGGUUAGAUCGUCGAUACUCACCUUCUGUCGACCCUUCAUCAUUUUAACGGGUCUUUGCAUAAGAUUCCGAGUGACUUAGGAUAAAAAAAAA